CUCUCCGCCGUCCGAUCGUCCUCCUCCCUUUCCUUCACCAAUCCAACGUCUAUCAAUCGCCGCCGCCUUCGCCUCCAAGAGAUCUCCCUCUCCUCCAUUCGAUGCAGCGCCGCCGCAGCACCAGUAUCUGGUAGCAUGGCGCCUGCGAUCUCUUUGACCGAGAACGCUUUGGAGCAUUUGAAUAAGAUGAGAUCGGAAAAAAGCGAGGAUCUUUGCUUGAGAAUUGGGGUCAAGCAAGGUGGGUGCUCUGGCAUGUCUUACACUAUGGAGUUUGAGAGCCGGGCGAAUGCGAGGCCGGAUGACUCGAUUAUGGAGUACGACGGUUUUGUGAUUGUUUGUGAUCCCAAGAGCCUUCUCUUCCUGUUUGGCAUGCAGCUGGAUUUCAGUGAUGCUCUCAUCGGUGGAGGUUUCUCAUUCAAGAACCCAAAUGCCACACAAACAUGUGGUUGUGGAAAAUCCUUCGCUGCUGAAAUGUAGAAAUACAUGACAAGCACAUAGGACAUGGUAAAUAAAGAUGCUUGUAAUUAAACAGAUAUGCACAAAAUUAGUCCGUGAUUAGUGCGACAA